AGCCAAGCGGGAAGGGAAGAGCGCUUGACCCUUUUGACACGAGCGGCGGAGGCGGGAGCAAGCAUCCGCGGCGGCGACGCCAUGGGUGGCUGCUCCUCCGCCUUCGCGGCUCCCACCAGGAUGUUGCGCUUCGGCCGCGGCCGAGCGCCGGCGGCCAUCCUCCCGGUCACCAGCCGCGACGACCCGCUGUGCUGCUCCCCCGACGACGACAGCAACGCCGGCGCCGGCGGCGAGCAAGGGGGGAAGAAGGGGAGGAGGUGGCACUACAGGAGAUGCAGCGGGAGGAAGGGCGGCUCCAUCCUCGGCGACGCCGCCGACGUCAAGACGGCGGGCGCGUUCGCGGAGAGGUACCGGCUGGGCGCGGAGCUCGGGCGCGGGGAGUUCGGGGUGACGCGGCGGUGCGCCGACGCCGCCACCGGGGAGGCCCUGGCGUGCAAGACGAUCCGCCGGAAGCGGCUCCGGCGGUGCGGCGGCGACGCGGAGGACGUGCGGCGGGAGGUGGAGAUCCUGCGGCGCGUCUCCGCGCUGAGCGGCCCCGGCGCCGACGCCGUGGUGCGGCUCCGCGACGCCUGCGAGGACCCCGACGGCGUCCACCUCGUCAUGGAGCUCUGCGAGGGCGGCGAGCUCUUCGACCGCAUCUUCGCCCGCGGCCACUACACCGAGCGCGCCGCCGCCAAGCUCGCCCGCACCAUCGUCGGCGUCGUCCAGCUAUGCCACGAGAACGGGGUGAUGCACAGGGACCUGAAGCCAGAAAACUUCCUGUUCGCCAACACGUCGGAGGACUCGCCUCUCAAGGCCAUCGAUUUCGGCCUCUCGGUGUUCUUCAAGCCAGGAGAUCGAUUCACCCAGGUGGUUGGCAGCACCUACUACAUGGCACCAGAGGUUCUCAACAGAAGCUACGGGCCAGAAGCCGACGUCUGGAGCGCCGGCGUCAUCCUCUACAUCCUGCUGUGCGGAGUCCCUCCUUUCUGGGGAGAUAAUGAUGAGCGAAUCGUGACGGCGAUACUCCAGGGUGGGAUCAACUUCAACAGGGAGCCAUGGCCCAAGGUGUCCCCGCAUGCAAAGGACCUUGUCAGGAAGAUGCUUGACCCGAAUCCUUCUACCCGGUUGACAGCAAAGGAAGUGCUUGAGCAUCCUUGGCUCAAGAAUGCCGAUAAGGCUCCAAACGUAUCGCUUGGAGAGGUGGUUCGAUCCAGGCUGAAGCAAUUCUCAGCCAUGAGUAAGUUCAAAAAGAAGGCACUUGGAGUAAGUUGCAGAGAAACCUGCUGCUAUUAUUCUUGUUUUCUUCAAAAAGAGUUACACUUCCUCACUGUGAAGCAUCUGCCGAUGAAGGUCGUUGCCAUGAAUUUACCGGUGGAGGAGAUGGACAAAUAUACUCAGAUGUUCCAUAUGAUGGACAAAGACAAUAGUGGCAGUUUGACACUUGAGGAUCUGAAGUUGGGGCUCCAGAUAAAUGGUCAUCCUGUUCCAGAGGCGGAGAUAAAGAUGCUGUUAGAUGCUGGUGACAUAGAUGGAGAUGGAACAUUAGAUUGCGAGGAGUUUGUAACAGUAUUACUUCACAUAAAAAAGAUGAGCAAUGAGGAAUACCUACCUAAAGUUUUCAAGUUCUUUGACAAAGAUGGUAAUGGUUUUAUUGAAAUGGAAGAAUUAAUGGAAGCUUUAGGUGAUGGUGAACUGGGCCUUACUGAGCAAGUGAUUAAAGAUAUUAUUCAGGACAUUGACACGGAUAAGGAUGGCCGUAUUAGCUAUCAGGAGUUCGAAUCAAUGAUGAAAUCUGGAUCAGAUUGGAGGAAUGCUUCCCGACGAUACUCAAAAGCAAAUUUCAGCACCCUCAGUCGUAAGCUGUGCAAAGGAAAUUCAUGAAACAGAAAGGAGGAUCUGAGCAAUAGUUACUUAUGGAGUUCAUCAAGGAACCAACUAAAAACAACGCAUCAGUGGGCAACCUAAAAAUGUAAAAACCAGAUUACUGGGUAGAGGGCAUCAGGGUGAAAUGAGAUCUUGUAUCUCAGUUGCAUAGAUGACAAGGUUCAUCAAGCAGCGAGCCCUGUAGCAUCAUCCCUUGUAAUGGAAUCAAGGCAUUCCAUAUAGGAUCUGUAUUCAUGAUUUAGACAUAGACACAUGUAAGGGAAGCGCCGACAUGCAAUCCACUUACCAAAAUUUGAUGUU